AUGGUGGCCAACGGAGGAAGGCGAGGGGCCGCGGGGGGCUCGGGGCGCGCGGCGGCUCCAGGCGGGAGCGGCCGCGGCCGGGCCUGGGGCCGGGCGGCAGGGCUGGGGACGGGCGGGCCGAGCGCGAUCGGGGAGCCGGGGCGAGGGUCCCGGGCAGCUCGGAGGCUCGGGGAGGGUUCGGGGAAGGUUCGGGGAGGGCUCGGGGCAGCUCGGGUUCGACGCGCGCCGCUGCUGCCGCCGCCGCUGUGCCGAGGCCGCCGCGCCGUCCGGGCGUGCGCGCUGCGCUCUGGCGGGGAGCGCGCUGGGCGCCGCUUUUAUAGCUCGGCGGCGGACCGCGUUGAGAACAACAACAGCCUGGUCCGGGGCCAGCGCCGACUUGUGCUUCUUGGAGUCCCUUUCCCGGCCGCUGGCUGCCCGCACCGUGUCCCUACCGCGCCACCGCGCGCGCAGCCAUGCGCCCCGGACUCGGUCCGAGCUCGAGGCACCGCGCAGAGGCGGCCUGCGCCCCGGAUGCGCUCGGCAGAGGGGCCCGGAGAGGCCACCCAGGGGAGCAGGACCAGUGGCCCAGAGGCGACCGUGACUUCAUGACAAGGCCCAGCUCUGUCCCCGGGGAUGGCCACAGCGGGCCUCCUUCAUCUCCACCAGGAGGGGCCUCUUGGGGACACUCCCUGAGCCACAACGUGGUGACGUCAACCCCCCGCAGCCCCCAAGUAUUCGGGGUGUCGUAUUCUGGGAGGUGACUCCUUGUCAUCUCAUCUGCUACAA